UAUAAAUGCGCCUCUCCCUUGCAGAUCUUAAGCCACCGUCUGGAUUUGACCUCGGUCUCCUAUCCAUUGGCGAGAUCUCAAGCCGCCUUCGUAUCGAUCGUCUCGAGCUGUUACUGAUACUCACUUUGGUCUUUGAAGCCUGAACGAUUCCUGAGCACUAAGUGCAUACAGCAGCCUGAUUGAUAGAUUGUUUUCACAAUCACAAGGCGAUUUGUUUGUGGCCUCGCAAUGGCAACCAACGAGAAUCUCCCUCCAAAUGUUAUUAGGCAGUUAGCCAAGGAAUUGAAGAAUUUGGAUGAAACACCUCCUGAAGGGAUUAAAGUGGUUGUUAAUGAUGAUGACUUUUCUACUAUAUAUGCUGAUAUCGAGGGUCCUGCUGGAACUCCAUAUGAAAAUGGUGUAUUCCGCAUGAAGCUUCUAUUGUCUCAUGACUUCCCGCAAUCUCCUCCUAAAGGCUACUUUCUGACCAAAAUAUUUCACCCAAAUAUUUCGGCAAACGGUGAAAUAUGUGUCAACACACUCAAAAAGGACUGGAAUCCGAGCCUCGGAUUAAGACACGUAUUGAUCGUUGUCAGAUGUCUGCUCAUAGAGCCAUUCCCAGAAUCUGCACUAAAUGAACAGGCCGGUAAAAUGCUGCUGGAAAACUAUGAUGAGUAUGCUAGGCAUGCCAGGUUAUAUACUGGAAUACAUGCUCUUAAACCUAAGCCAAGAGUUAAAACUGGGGCGAUCUGUGAGUCUACAACGGCCUUAAAUGUGGACCAUAGAAGCAACAAAUCUACUGUUAAAGAGCCCCAGCCACCCACACAACUAGUUACAUCUUCCAAACUUCUGUCACAGGACCAGAAUGCAAGUGCCAUCUCCAUAACCGAGCCAAUCGUUGGACCACCAGCAAUCCCAAAGCAGGAAGGAGUACAUGCAGCCAAAGCAGCUCAGGUCGAUAAAAAAAAGAUCGAUGCAAGGAAGAAGAGCUUGAAAAGACUCUAGGUCUAUUAACUUUUGGUGGUUCUUGUUCCGUGUAGAAGUAAUAACAUGAACUGUAGUGGAGAGGACAAGUUAACCACAAUGUACAUCUUAAUUCCAUUCAUUGUAGCUUGUUUAUUGCUUUAUGUAUGCUGGUAGCUCUUCUGGUUUAAAUUA